CCGAUCUAUUUUUCAGCUCUGAAGCCGCCAGCUGGGGUGACUUUUGCCGUUCAUGUCAAUAUCAAAGAUUCAAAUAGAGAAAGCCCUUCAUGCAAUUGCUUUUUCUGUAGUGAAAAGUGCCUUUGAACGAUACAUAUUUCAUGUGUAUUGUCUUCUCUUUUGUGGAAUCUCUGAAAGCCCGUUUCCAAGGACAGAGCAUCUUCCACCUAAAGGCUAAAGCACGCAUUGCACCUCACCUCUGAGAGGCCGAGACGGAGAUCGGCCUACUUGAGGUCACAGGGCAGCAGCGUUUCAACAAUUGCCGGCUUGAUGGGGCAUAUUUUGUGAGCUGCGACAGGCUACAGCAUCCGAUCAGGGGGUACGGUGUUGGAGUCAUGCGCCGGGAUAGGAAGGCCAAGUACGGCGAGGCGGAGGAUGAAGCCGGGGUCCGGCUGUCUGAGGUAGCUGAUGAGGAGGCCCAGCUCCUGGACGGCGAGGAUUUUGAGCAGUUUGAAGUAGACGAUAGUUCCCAGAUCAUCCCGGGACAACAGCGGCCACUUCAGGUUCAACCAAGAUCAAGCGGAUUCUGGACACGACGUCGCACGCCGAGAUGGCUCGCCUUCCUCUACGGACCUGAUCCACCGAAAGUCUACGCCAUCGAUCCCUUCUUCCCGUCGAUCCAAGGACUCCCCGUGAGAUGGCUCGAGAAGGCGUUCCCGCGUUUCUGCCAGCGGGCUGUUUUGCUGGUUGCCUUCCUGGUCGCAUGGGCUGCUUCUCUUGCGGCUCCCCUGAUGCUCAGCAAAGGGACCGCCACCGAUGCAUCAGGGGCCGCGAUCCGGCACAUUGACUGCGUCGAUACCCUCUGGCGCCACAACAACGAGUGCGGCCUUGACGGAGUCGACUGCCGGCCCUUCUCCAACACGUCCUUCGCCUUCCGGUGUCCGGCAGACUGCGCCAGUGUCCGGGUGCUGAAUCCACACCACGUCGGCCGCGAAGACGUCAACUACCGGCCCCUGGUCAUUGGCGGGGGCGCUGGGGGUCCCUACCGCGGGGAUUCGUUCCUCUGUGGUGCCGCUAUCCACGCAGGCGUUAUCGGCGACACCACCGGCGGAUGCGGAGUCGUCACGUUGGUAGGCGAGUACUAUCAGUACUUCUCCUCGUCGCAGCACGGCAUCGACUCGAUCCCCUUCGGCUCGUACUUCCCGCUCUCCUUUACCGUGACCGUCGACCCCAGCAUCCAGUGCACCGCCCCGGACCCUCGCUGGACCGUUUCCCUCCCGCUCUCCCUCCUCUUCACCGUCCUCCUCUCGCUCUUCACCACCUCCCCCUCCCUCCUCUUCUUCGCAACCUUCACCGGCAUCUUCGCCCACGUCGCCCUGGUCUCGGACCCGCCCAACCUCUCGACCCCGUCCUCCACGUCCCUCCUGCCGUCCCUCAUCUCCCGGCUGGCGCAGCACCUCCUCCCGGCGCUCUUCUGCGCAGCCAUUCUCUACCUGGCCUGCGCCCGCCGCGCGCUCUCCAACCUGCCCGCCGCCGCCAACGUCGAAAAGACGCUCACGUGGCUCCUCCCCUUCUGGGUCGGCGCGCUCUCGAACCGCACCAUCGAGCCGCUCAUCCCCAUCACGCGCCUCACGCCCUCCGACAUCACGGCCCAGCCCGGCGCAAUCGCGGCGCUGGCCGUCGUCAUCGCGCUCAUCGUCCUCCUCGCUUCCGCGCAAGGCUACACCCUCUACCGCGAGGGCCGUCUGCCGCGCUACCUUGCCCUCUACUUCGCCACGGCCGCGUCCCUCGCCCUCCUGGCGGCGCUGCCGGACCUGCACCUGCGCCUGCACCACUACGUGCUCGCGCUGCUACUGCUGCCCGGCACGGCGGCGCAGACCCGGCUGUCGCUUGCCUGCCAGGGCUUGCUGCUGGGCCUGUUUGUGAACGGCGUGGCGAGGUGGGGGUUUGACUCGGUGCUGCAGACGGCGGACGCGCUGCGCGGCGACGGCGGGUUUGGCGGGAAGUUCUUGCCCGAGGUUGUGCCGCCGCUUGUUCAGACGACGACGGCGCUGAGCGAAGGCCAAGGGGGUGCGGGCGUGGAUGUGAUGGGGAUCUGGUUCAAAUGGCGUCGGUUGGUGUCGGACAAUGUGAGAGUCGGUGGGAGGCCGCUCGAGGGGAUCAGUGUGCUGGUGAACGAUGUCGAGCGGUACAGAGGCUGGUUUGCGGAGCGGCCGCUGGAGGAGCAGGUGUUUGUGUGGACGAGGAAGGCGGGAAGGGUCAUGGCGGAUGAGUACUUCCGGUUUGGCUUUGUGACGGAGGGCGGGAAGGCGUUGGAUUACACGGAGGCUGGCACGUGGUUUGUCAAUGGCAGCUGGAGUCAGGGGGCCGGGUAUUAUUGAGGAUGUGAUUUGUUUGUUUGUAGAGGACUAAUGUGCAAGGAGUUGGAUGUCCACGGGUAGAUGUAAUGUAGAUGCCGCGUGCGCAUGGGUAAGCUACUAAUCGGUACAUUUAGCUGAAGAGAGCGACGAGCGGAUAAAUUGAAGAUCGCGCUCGAGCCAUCAGUGUGUACUUAGGCUUUGUGUACAAGUACAUUCCAGC